ACAACCACGAUUAUCCUUAUUGACGCAAACAGAGGAUCCGUAUUUCCUUCCUCCAAAAUGGCCUUCUCCUCCUCACUUCUCUUCUUCAACCUCCGUCUCUUCAUCACCAUCUUCCUCUCUGUCUCCGGGACUGAUUCCCUAUCAGGCGAUUACACGUCCAUUUUCAGUUUCGGCGACUCUCACACCGACACUGGAAACUUCCUCUACAUCUUCAACUCUUCCAACGUCGGCAAUUUCCCCUAUGGAGAGACUUACUUCCACCAUCCAACUGGCCGAUGCUCUGAUGGACGUGUAGUCGUCGAUUUCAUUGCUCAAGCAUUUGGACUUCCAUUGCUGCCACCAUAUCUUGCAUGUUCGGAGGGUAAAGAUCUUCGGCAGGGAACGAAUUUUGCGGUAGCGGGGGCCACAGCGAUCGAUGCCGCCUUCUUCGAAGAGAGGAAGAUUAGAGGGGUGAUUGCGAACAUAUCUUUGGGAGAUCAGCUCUUGUGGUUCAAAGGACUGUUGCCUUCUCUUUGCCACUCACCAACAGGCUGCCACAAAUUCCUGAGAGGAUCUCUUUUUCUGGUCGGACAGAUUGGCAUGAAUGAUUACUUCUACCUGUUCAAUAAUGGAUCGAGCUUAGAAGUGAUCCGGACCUACGUUCCUCAAGUUGUCAGUACCAUUGGUUCCGCAGUCCAUACGCUGAUCGAACAUGGGGCCAUGACACUUGUGGUCCCAGGCGGUCCACCGAUGGGCUGCUUUGCCUUAACUCUCACAAUUGGAGCGAGCUUGAACAAGGAUGACUAUGACAAAGAAACUGGCUGUCUAAAGAGAUGGAAUGAGUUAGUUCAGUAUCACAACGAUCGACUGCAAAUAGAGCUGGACCGGAUGCGGGACCUCUACCCUCAUGCCGCCAUCAUCUACGCUGAUUAUUACAAUGCUGCAUUCCGUGCCUUCUGCUCUCCUCUCCAGUUCGGAUUUAGCAAGGGAGCACUCUCCGCAUGCUGCGGAGCGGGCGGGCCUUACAAUUACAACUCCUCUUUCGGGUGUGGUACCCAUGAAGCACGAGUCUGCAAGGACCCAUCGCUGUAUUUUAACUGGGAUGGCGGCCACCCGACAGAAGCUGGGCAUAGAUUGAUGGCAGACGCUGUAAUCAGUGGACCAUAUGACUUACUAGUGCAUGCCUGCCACUAGCAUCACCUCUUAAACAUCCUUAUUAGCAUACCAAGAGCUAGAGUUUCAGGGCAUCGGUGUAGCAUAUGGUAUCAUUGAUAUGUUACAUAAUGGUCAGUAUAAAUAUAUGUAGUUUGCAAAUAUGGUGAAUGUCUUGUAUGUGAUUGUGAUCGGUGGGCCGACACGAUGUUUAUGCCACAAGAGUGGAAAUAAAAGUUAUGGCUAUUAGCACUUAUUAUCCAAA